CAAUCUUCUCCUUGUAUUUUCAAAUCCAAUAACACCAACUAUGGCAGUGUCGGCCGAUCAUUGCCGGAUUUCCCUCUCCGUGGCCAUCCAGUCACGUAGCAGUGUGGCGCUGGCGGGGAGGAACCCGAGGGGGCUUGUGAAAUUUUGCAAUGGAGAAGUGAUGGGGAAGAAGCUGCAGCUGAGUCAAGUUCAGCAAGGAGGUAGUAGCAUUAAGAAUAAGAAGAAUGGUCAUGUUUGUAAGUCUCUGCUUACUGCCGAUGUAGCUGGUGAGUCCAAGCUAAGGGACUUAGAUUUAGAGAGGCGAGACCCAAAGACCGUCGUUGCUAUCAUACUGGGAGGUGGAGCCGGUACUCGACUUUUCCCACUCACUAAACGGCGCGCAAAGCCCGCUGUCCCAAUAGGGGGAGCAUACAGACUUAUUGAUGUGCCAAUGAGCAACUGCAUCAACAGUGGAAUCAACAAAGUCUACAUUCUCACUCAGUUCAACUCAGCCUCACUUAACAGGCACAUUUCCCGCGCUUACAACUUUGGCAGCGGCACAACAUUUGGCGAUGGCUACGUAGAGGUGCUAGCUGCUACUCAAACUCCAGGAGAGUCAGGUAAGAAGUGGUUCCAGGGCACCGCAGACGCUGUUCGACAGUUCCAUUGGCUUUUUGAGGAUGCUAGAAGUAAAGACAUUGAGGAUGUCCUGAUUCUAUCAGGAGAUCACUUGUAUCGAAUGGACUACAUGGACUACAUUCAAAAUCACCGGCAAAGUGGUGCAGAUAUUACCAUUUCCUGUUUGCCAAUGGAUGACAGUCGAGCCUCAGAUUUUGGUUUGAUGAAGAUAGACAAGAAAGGAAAGGUCCUCUCCUUUAGCGAAAAGCCUAAAGGAAACGACCUGAAGGCAAUGGCAGUAGAUACAACAGUUUUGGGACUUUCUGUGGAGGAGGCACUAAAGAAGCCAUACAUUGCUUCGAUGGGAGUGUAUGUCUUCAAGAAGGAGAUACUUCUGAAUCUUCUAAGAUGGCGCUUCCCGACUGCAAAUGACUUUGGAUCAGAGAUCAUCCCAGCCUCAGCUAAUGAAUUUUUCAUUAAGGCUUAUCUGUUUAAUGAUUACUGGGAAGACAUCGGAACCAUCAGAUCCUUCUUUGAUGCAAACCUUGCCCUCACUGAGCAUCCAAACAAGUUUAGUUUCUAUGAUGCAGCAAAGCCAAUGUAUACUUCAAGAAGAAACUUACCUCCAUCAAAGAUUGACGGUAGCAAGAUUGUUGACUCCAUCAUAUCACAUGGAAGUUUCUUAACUGAUUGCCUUAUAGAGCACAGUGUUGUCGGUAUCAGAUCCCGGAUAAACACAAAUGUUCACCUAAAGGACACUGUGAUGCUUGGUGCUGAUUACUACGAAACCGAUUCUGAGGUGUUAUCACUGUUAGCUGAAGGAAGAGUUCCCGUUGGAAUAGGAGAGAACACAAAAAUCAAAGACUGCAUUAUCGACAAAAACGCUAGAAUCGGGAAGAAUGUUAUUAUUGCAAACACUGAGGGAGUACAGGAGGCUGAUAGAUCUUCAGAAGGCUUUUACAUCCGCUCUGGUGUAACUGUUAUAUUGAAAAAUUCAACCAUCGAAGAUGGACUUUCGAUCUAAAACAUCCUUCCAUCCUUUGUUUUUGCGUCUAUAUGGAUGGAACCAAAAGAGAUAAUGCAAUAUCAAUCACUAUAAACUACUCGUCUGAGUAGAGGAAGACACUUAUCAUGCUAAUGUGUAUAAACCUUGUUGUACAAGAAAUUCUGCCAUUUAAUUUUCCAGUGAUUCAUCAAAUCAAAGACUUGCACAA